CUGCGGGCCGGUUCGUUUUCUCUACUUUUAUACGAGCAAUUUGUUGCAUUCGUGCUUUAUGAAAACGACCUACUGUUACGAACAGUUUUCCUAUGUUGACAGUAGUAAUAAAGAAAAUUGUUGAAAAGGAACGAGCUAUUAUCUUCAAGUAAGGAUUUACUCGACAUGAAUGAAAGCAAACGACUUCAAGAAAAAGGGAUAAGGGAACAACGAGAACAUUGCUAUAUUAAUUAUGGACCUGGAUCUCUAUCGAAUAGCACAGCUGCUAUAUUUAAUGAAACUACAGAAAAAUGGUUUUGUCCAGCUUAUUUUGACGGAAUAUGGUGUUGGUCUCCAACUCCUGCAAAUUCUUCGAAUAUAGUACCAUGCCCACCUUACAUAGCUGGUCAUAAAAUAGACGCGAAUGCAAGUAGAUUUUGCACUGAAUUGGCAGAAUGGUUUAUUAAUCCUGAACGUAGAACGUAUUGGACAAAUUACUCCCAGUGCAUACAAGACAAUCCAACGGUUGUGGAUAAAAUUUGCGAUGAAAAUGUAACAUUUCCGCAUUACAUUCAACUUAUUAAUGUUAUAUCACAUACGGGAUACACAAUAUCAUUUUGUGCACUGCUGAUUGCUUUCGUGGUAAUGUUGGCGAUAAAAAAAUUACAUUGUCCAAGGAACAAAUUGCAUAUGCACCUAUUUAUGUCAUUUAUACUAAAAAUAUUUUUCACACAUUUAAAAGAUAUUUUAUUCGUGGGUGGAAUUGGAUUAAAAGAAAAUAUUGUUUCUAAAAACGGGGAUAAAUACUUUUUUCAUGAUCGAGAAACUAAUAAUUGGACUUGCAAACUUGUAACAACGUUAUGGGAAUUAUUUAUCACAGCGAAUUAUUCAUGGAUACUCAUGGAGGGUUUAUACUUACAUAAUUUGAUAUUUAGAGCUCUCUUCGCCGAUUCCGAUAGAAAUAUUCUUCAUUAUAUCAUUCUCGGUUGGACGCUACCAACACUCGUUAUAAUACCAUGGGUUAUCACAAGAAGAAUAUAUGAUGAUACGUUUUGUUGGACAACGCAUAAUGAAGAAUACAUAUUCUUAAUCAUACGAAUUCCUACAAUGAUAUCAGUACUUAUUAACUUCGUUUUAUUUAUAAGAAUAACAAGAGUAAUCUAUAGCAAAUUGCAAGCUCCUAUUUACGAGGAAGCUCGUCGAUAUCAAAAAUGGGCAAGAUCAACCCUAGUUUUAGUUCCUUUGUUCGGGAUUCAUUACGCUCUCUUCAUCAGCAUUUCCUACCUGAUGGAUCAGCAUCCCAUAACAGAAUUAAUAUGGAUCGGAUGUGACCAAUUUUUCGCCAGCUUCCAGGGCUUAUUCGUUGCUAUUUUAUAUUGCUUCAUGAAUGCUGAAGUUAGAGCUGAAAUUAAACCGUUUAUGCAUUCAUUUCUAACCAACUGGGCUACAAAAGACUAUUUUAGGCACCUCUUUCCCUGUCGUAAUAAAUAUUUGAGGUCAGGAAGGGGAAGACCAUCAGUUUGCACAACAAUGUCUUGCAGUUCUUUGUAUAACAAUGGAAUAGGACAUCAUCGAAAUAGCAAAACGAAAUGGGAAUCAUCUUUAAAAGGAAAACAUUCUGGAAUUCAAGAUAAAGAAAAAGAUCAUGUUUGUAAACAUAACACAAGAAGUUGGCAUGAAGCGUCCUCGAAAUGGUUGCAAGGAGAUAAUCAUUCAAAGGAAUCCGAAUUUAAUCGAUCGUCGCAAACUGAGAUGACUGAUGACAGAUCUAUGAGAUUGAUUGUUGAUAAUGAGAAAAGUAAAUCCGUACCAAAUUCCAUAAAUGAAACUGCGUGCAUGUUGCCGAGAAAAGAUUAAAAAUUCUAGUCAAAAAAAAUUUUAAACUGGUGAAUCAAUAUGAUGAUAACAUAUCACCAAGAAAUAAGACAUUUUUUGUAGGAUACUGAGUAAAAAGACAGACAUAUGUGGAACAAAUGUGAUAUAGUUUGGAAACUUUUUUAUCAGAUACGAGUAAUAUUAUUUAUAAGCGACAACUCAUUCAAAAGACCUACUUUGUAACUUUAAUGUGAUUAUAUAAAAAAUAAAAUACUCGAUGUUUUGAGGUAUUUUUUCUAAUAGUACAAAUUACUGUAAGUUUUCGAGUUGAUAAAUGUAUGAAGUCAUUAUUAUAACAUAAAUAUCCCGCACCUUUUAAGGGUUUUAAGAUUUUAAGUUUACUACCAACCUUAAACCGCUUUUGAUUGAAGUUUUCGUAUUUUGCUUUAGCAUCUGAUCAUUUUGCCAUUAUCAAAACCGUAAUUAACCGCAGUAUGAGAAUACGGAAUAAAUCAAAAACAAAAGAAAACUUUAAUAUCAAUAAUAUUUAUUUAUUUUUCUUAAAGAAAAUUAUACAUUUUUUUAUUAUCUAGUUAUAAUUAGAUGUUAUAUGGAAUUAAUAUGUGUUAUAUAUGUUAGAUGUAUACAAAUUUCUGUGUAUAAAUAAAAUAUCUAUUAUAAUU